UAAUGGCGAAAAGUGCAGAUGACUCUCUUUCUAUCUCUAGGCUGAAUAAACGCCAUAGUUGUGGUGGAUGAAAACGCCAAAUCUAGAAGAGAAUACAAUGCACCUACUCUAUAGGAAAACGAAAGACCGAGCUCGGUAAACUGGAAUUAACUGUGUUCAAAAUGAAUAGCUGAAGAAGAAGGCGAUAGUUGCAGAGGUUUUGAAUCGAAGAAGUGAAAAGCCGAGAAGAAUGUUCAGGUUAAGCAGGCAUAAUAAGGAAUCGAAAUCAGGAGAGAGAUUUGAUUUCAAAUUCUCCAAUUUCCAGGCUAUUCAGGUACCAAAAGGAUGGGAUAAGCUCUACGUCUCCAUAGUAUCGGUGGAAACAGGAAAGACAUUGGCAAAGCUUAGCAAAUCCUCUGUACGAAGUGGGAAUUGUCAAUGGUCAGAGUCCGUUUCAGAAUCUUUUUGGUUUUCACAAGAUGAUUCUUCAAAAGAGCAUGAAGAGAGUCUUUUCAAAUUCGUGGUUUCCAUGCCAUAUACAAGAUCUGGCAUCCUUGGAGAGGCUACUGUAAACAUGGCUAGCUAUGUGAAUUCAAAGGGUUCAGCUCCGGUUAUACUACCACUAAAGAAGUGUAAUUAUAAUACAAUUCUGCAAGUGAAAAUUCAAUGCCUAAAUUCAAGACCAAAACUCAGGGAUGAAUCAUCAAGAAAUACAAAUUCUCAUUUUCAAGAGCCAAAUGCAGAAGACCAUGAGAUAGAUAAUAAGUCAAGUGCCUCCAGCGAAAUGUUAAACCAGAAUACAUAUCCUUCCAGUAAAGAUUUAGGUUCCCCAACACAUGCAGAAAAACUUCAGAGCCGACAAACAAGCUAUUCAGCAUCUGGGUCUAAUCGUAGCUUUGACUCUGCCGAAGGAUCUUUACAAAAGGAAGAUGUAUCUCCAAAGUAUGACCUAAAUGGUGGCAGAAGUAAUCUGAUGCGAAGACGUGAUUCAAAUAGCUCCCACGAUAGUUCUCUAAAUGGGAAUUAUUUCGCUGAAGAUUCUCCAUCAAAUGAUUCAAGAUUUUCGACAGGAAAUCAUUCUCAGAAAUACUGGAAUGAGCAUGCUCAAAAUUCGCCUGGGAUUCCUUCCUCAUCCCUAAGAAAUGCAGAUUCCUCUAAGAACUUGCUCGAAUCUGCAGAAGAGACCAUAGAGGAGCUUCGUUCUGAAGCCAGGAUGUGGGAGAGGAACGCACGAAAGCUAAAGGUUGAUUUGGAUAUACUGAGAAAACAAUGUUCUGACCUGUCAAAAAGCGAAUCAGAAACGGAGAUGCAACUUUCAGCGGCUCGUACUGAACGUGACAGUUUGAAGGAAGAAGUUGAACAGAUGAAGAUUUUGCAAAAGGAGUCCACUUUGAAUUCACUGGCCUUGGAGAAUUCCUUAUUUAAGUCUAAAGGCAUGAUAGGUAUCCAAAAAGAAUUGGAGAGUGAGAUAAGGUUACUACAAGAGUCCAAUACUAACUUGGCUCAACAGUUGCAAAGGAGUCAAGAAUCCAACAUUGAACUUGUUGACAUCCUCCAAGAACUAGAAGAGACGAUAGAAAAACAGAAGGCUGAAAUUGAGAAUCUUUUAUCUCCAGGCACGGAAGCUUCUAUCAGCGUACAGUUGGAGGAAAAUCAGAGCUUACUUCUACAGAUUCAACAGUUUCAGGAAUCUGAGAAUAAGUUGCAUCUUGACCUGCGAUUGCUUGAACAAACAUUGGAGCAAAAGGAAAAUGAGAUAGAGGAUGAACGGAGUGCAAAUAGGCAGACCAUUCUUGGUAUUGAAACAAAAUAUCAAAAUAAAAUGGCCAGUUUAGAAUCAAAGUUAUCUAACCUCCUGAUGGAAAGACAAUUGGAUGAAACAGAAUUGAAUUAUGAAAGUGAAGCGGAUCUGCUCAAAGAAAACAAAGACUUGAAAGAGAAAUUGCAAGAACUAGAGAGAGAUUGUGAUGAACUCGCCAAUGAAAACCUGGAACUUCUUUUCAAGCUCAAGAACACAACUUUAAGGGAAGGUGUAACUGUUUAUUCUUUAUCUGGUGAACUUCCACCUGAAAGUUCUGUAAGUUCUGAAUCCGAAGCCUGUGAAACUAAAUCCCAAGUUCAUGAUCUUGAAGCAGAGCCCAAUAAAGGAAAUGUCGAGGAUGAUUAUCCUUCUUAUCUUGAAGUGUCUAAUUCUUUAAACAAUCUGAUUGAACAACUUGAUAUAGCAUUCUGCAACAUAAAAAAGCCAUGGUCUACCAUUACUUGUAUCGACAGUGAUGAUACUAAUUUGGAUAGCUUGAGUAAAUCAAACUUGUCUGAUCCAAAGAGGUUAGCUGACUAUGCCUUAGACUUAUUCAUUAAGCUGAACAGGUUAUUGGAAAUGAGAAUUACUCAAGUAGAGGUUGUUCUUCAACACGGGAAAAUCACUAAACUAGAAAAUUAUGUUUUAAAGGAAGAAGCUGCAGCAAAUCUUGUCAAUCUGGAAAAAGAAAUGUCUGAUAAAAUGAUUGAGAUAAAGAACCUUGAAUCUGUCUUGGAUUCAAGGGAAGUUGAAAUUAAGUUUCUAGAAAAGUGUAAUGAUGAUGUAGAGGUUCAGAUUGCCAUACUUGAAAAAGAGAAAGCAAAACUGGAGCUGGAAAUGGAAGCUGUAAUGAGAGAAAACAGUAUGACUUCCAAACGAGUGGAUGAUUUGCAAAGAGAAUUAACGGUGCCGAGGGAAAACAAUCUUGAAACCGAAAAGAAGGAAUUAGAACUCCAUCUGGUUGAGCUUGAAGAUGAAAAUGUGCAGUUAUCAGAACGCAUAUCUAAGCUACACAAAGAAGCAGGACAGCUGAUGGAUGAAAGGGAAUCCACUUAUUUGGAACUAGAGAAUGCAAAGAUGCUAAUUGCAGGUCUUCAGGAUCAGAUAGGAAUGUUGGGAACUGAGACGGAUACUCAGGUAACAAAUCUUAUUAAAGAAUCACAAGAUUACCAAAAUAGAUGGUCAAAGGCUCGUGAAGAGUGUGAGAGUUUGAAAAUAGAGAAUCAGUCAUUACAAUCGCGCAUUGACGAUCUCACUGAAAAGUGCAACAAUAUUCAGGAGGAAAACGAACACUUGACGAAACAGAGGUUGGAGAUGCAGGAACAUUCUUCGCGUCUUGAGAUGGAACUGAAAGAUUCAGUUAAGGAAGUCUCUGAUUAUUCUGACAGAUUUACUGCUUUAGAAGAAAAUCUCUCUUUGAAGAUAGAUGACUUCAACUUAAGGGAGAAAAAGUUUACUUCAGAAAUAAAUCAACUUCUUCAAGAAAAUGCAGCACAUGCACAUAAACUUAUUCAGGUAGAGAACUUGUUCAAUCAGAAGACAGUUGAAGUCGAGGAUCUGAAAAUGGAAAUUGAAAAGCUCAACAAUCAAAUAUCUUCCAUAAAUGAUGAAAAGGAGAAAAUAGCUUCCGAAGCUGCAGUUACAGUGACAAGCUUACAGACUUCUAAAGCUGAUCUGCAACGGGCUCUUGAAGAUGAGCUGCACAAUGUACGGGCAAAUUCUGAGCUAAAGGUUCAAGCCUUAAUGAUCGAGCUCUCCAACACUGUAGAAAAUCAUCAUAAACUGAAGACUGCUCUGAGUGAAAUCGAGCAUAAGUUUACCGUCUCUGACAAUGAACGCCAACAACUCCUUGAAGAAGCCGCAAACUUGAAGAUUCAACUACAGAAGAUAGCCCAUCUUCCCGAUGAAAACUUGGUUUUAAAAACAGAGCUCGAUUCAUGCAAACUGGAGAAGGAGAAUCUGGAAAAGUCAAUUCUUUCGGUGUCAAAGGAUUGCGAAGAUCUUAAGGCAGAACAAAUUGCAUACACUGAAAAAGUUUCUCAGUUGGGUACUUUGGCAUCUGAACUUGAAGAGUGCAAAGAGAAGAAAGCUGCUUUGGAAGAACGGUUACAUGAAAAGAUUCAGCAGGUUGAAAGUGAACUAGCUCAAGCUAUCGAGGACAAUAAUAAGUACAAAUUUCAGCUGCAAAGGUUUUCAUCUGAAGGAAGAAAUGGAAAUGGAAAUGGAGGUAAAGAUCGAUUUGAGCGAUCAAAAUCAUCAUUAGAGGCGGAACUGAAGGAUCUUCGAGAUAGGUACCUUCAUAUGAGCCUUCAAUACGCAGAAGUUGAGUCCCAACGAGAGGGUCUUGUGAUGGAACUAAAGGCAGCAAAGACUGGAAAGAAAUGGUUCUGAUGAUGGUUGUUUCAUUUUGAGUUAUAUGAUCUAAAUCAUAGAUGAAUUUUUACUUCCAUAUUAUAUGAUGAGUAAACUGUAUAUAGAUUUCACUAGACACUGUGUGAGAGAAAAAGAGCAUUAUUAUAUGCAGGAUUGGAAUAUUAUGUAAUCAUUUUCAGGAAUAAAGAAACACCCAAUUCAGCCAA